AUGGUUGAAAAAGACGCCCAGCUAAGUGCCCUAGAUAUUGGCGAACUGGACUUGUUUGUUGAAAGCAUGGCACCGUCGCAAAUAUUGAGUAUUGGGAAUCAAGCAUGGGUAGACUGGCACAUAAGAUUACAAAAAUUGAACCAGCAAGCGGUCUUAGAAGCUCAAUCUAUGAUGGAAGAACUUACUAAAGAAACAAUAAUUUCAAGUGGAAAGCUACCCGUUCUCGUUUACGAAGCUAUUUGCAUUCAAGUAUGGCGUAUCAAAAUAUACCCGCAUAUUUUGAAACUUCAACCGGCACCAGCCAAUACUUUUGGUAUUUAUAUGGUGCUUUACCAUGAAGCAGCGGCAGUGGGCCUGCUGGAAACCGUGUUGUUCCACGAAGAUGGCGCUCAAUGUCUCAGCGAAGUAAUGGUAGACCUUUUACAGUAUGCCGUAGAACAAUUGACCACUCUGCUUGCUCUUAUCAAUAAGGGCUACCUGACACCGCCAACAACAAAGGAGCUAGAAUGCGAAACCGCCAUUGAAGAACUCGAGCGACAGAAGAGCGAUCUGCAGUUCGACAUUAGCAUGAGAAGCAUCUCUAUCGUGCGCUAUCUGACGGAGCACAUGGAAGCGGCAGGCACCGGCGCCUCCGUAGCCACGAAUCUGUACAAGACCAACGAUGUUCCCUCGCUGCUCAGCCAUCUCCUGCAGCUAGAACCCUGGCGCCGAACUGAUGAGAAGGGACAUUUGCAGAUGUUUAACUUUGGUCGUUGGAGCAAACCAAAUUCUGAAGACCUAUUCCAAAUGCACCGCAGUGAGGUCCAGCUGUGGUUGUGCCUGAGACAGCUUCUUUUGGAGCCCCGCCUACCUCAUUACUACACUAUUGAUGAUUGUCGACGUAGUACUUUUUGCAGAUUGCAAGCGAGGAUCUCCGAACCGAUGCUAGACCAAAUCCCUCCUCUGACGGAGUUGAAGAUGUUCCUCUGCCGGCUCUCCGUCGGAGAUUACUCCAGCCUCCACAAUCGCACUAAUGGGGUGUCGCCCAAUCCUGGUUGCACUCUCAUCGAGGUUGUACCACAGAUAAAGAACGCGUAUUUAAAACAAGUUCACAAGCGCACAAAAUCCAUAGCAAAAGAGCAACUACAGUACUUCAACAUGGACGGCUCGGAAGAGACACGCAACAUGGCGAAGAAACUUCUUGAGUCAUACACCAGUGACGUUGCUUUAGCGAUGGACAGUGGAGGCGCGAAGUGCGCUCGCUGCGGAGAGAAGGCGAGCAAGAAGUGCUCCAGGUGCAAGUCUGAAUGGUAUUGUGGGAGGGAAUGCCAAGUCCAACAGUGGGCUAAGCACAAGGAGCUGUGUGAUCAACUAUCUAAAUUGCUGAUCUAAAGUUCAAAUUUAUCAUUAAUUUAUUUAUUAAUUAUUUAACUGUCAAUUAUGUGAAACUGAAUUAAGGGUCGGGGCACAAAUGAUUAGUUCAUCAUCUAAAAAUAACGCUUUUUAGGCGAGGUGCUGUAGCAUGCUGAUAAAUACAGUUGACCCUUAUGCUCUAUUUUGCACUGAC